GAACACAUUUUGUUAAUCAAAUGUUGGAUGAAUUAUGUAGAGUGAUGGGAAUAAAACAUAAAUUAUCAUCAGCAUAUCAUCCUCAAACAAAUGGAUUAGUAGAAAGAUUCAAUAGGAUGCUUUGUGAAGCACUUGCCAACUAUGUGGCAACCUAUGAAGAAGAUUGGGAUAUUUACUUACCUUCAGCAACUUUUCUGGUAGAAUUACAAAUUCCUACAUACCCAACUGAAACUGUCAGUGAAGAAGAAUUAUUAUUAAAAAGGGUUUACAAGCUCAUUGGAAAUUUACCAGAGAAAAGAGUAGAAGCGAGAGAAAAUAUUUCAAGGCCACAAGAAAAACAGAAAGAGCA